AUGAGAGUCCUUCCUGCUACGCUCUUGGUUGGAGCUGCAACUGCUGCUGUUCCUCCAGCUCAGCAGAUCCUGCAGCUCCCCAAGAAGGGAGCUGAUAGCUUGGCCAAGCCGCUUCACCAGAUCCAGGAGCAGCUGAAGUCGCUCACGGAUGACGCCAAGUCUCUCUGGGAUGAGGUUGCCAACAUAUUCCCAGAUUCCAUGGACCACGCUCCCUUCCUGUCCCUGCCCAAGAAACACACUCGUCGCCCUGACUCCCACUGGGACCACAUUGUCCGUGGAUCUGACGUCCAGAGCGUUUGGGUCACCGGAUCAAACGGCGAGAAGGAACGCGAAGUUGAUGGAAAACUUGAGGCUUACGACCUCAGAGUCAAAACGGUCGACACCAGCGAGUUGGGUGUCGAUCCGGACGUGAAGCAGUUCAGCGGUUACCUGGACGACAAUGAGAAUGACAAGCAUCUCUUCUACUGGUUCUUUGAGUCUAGGAACGAUCCGGAGAACGACCCUGUCGUCCUUUGGCUCAAUGGUGGACCCGGUUGUUCCUCUCUCACCGGUCUUUUCAUGGAGCUUGGGCCUAGCUCGAUUGACGAGAACCUCAAGGUUGUUUACAACCCUUACUCGUGGAACAGCAACGCCUCCGUCAUCUUCCUUGACCAGCCAGUCAAUGUCGGUUACUCCUACAGUGGAUCCGCUGUGAGCGACACGGUUGCGGCCGGCAAGGACGUCUAUGCUCUCCUUACCCUCUUCUUCAAGCAGUUCCCGCAGUAUGCUAAGCAGGACUUCCACAUUGCUGGAGAGUCCUAUGCCGGACACUACAUCCCCGUCUUCACCUCGGAGAUUCUGUCUCACAAGAAGCGUAACAUCAACCUCAAGUCGGUCCUCAUCGGUAACGGUCUGACCGAUGGCCUCACUCAGUACGAGUACUACCGUCCCAUGGCUUGCGGUGAGGGUGGAUACCCUGCCGUCCUUGACGAGAGCACCUGCCAGUCAAUGGACAAUGCUCUUCCUCGUUGCCAGUCUAUGAUCGAGGCUUGCUACAACAGCGAGAGUGCAUGGACUUGCGUUCCUGCCUCUAUCUACUGCAACAACGCUCUUCUGGGUCCUUACCAGCGCACCGGCCAGAACGUGUAUGAUGUGCGUGGCAAGUGUGAGGACAGCAGCAACCUGUGCUACAAGGGUCUCGGUUACAUCAGUGACUACCUGAACCAGCCUAAGGUCUUGAAAGCUCUUGGUGCCGAGGUUGACGGGUAUGAUUCGUGCAACUUCGACAUCAACCGCAACUUCCUGUUCCAUGGUGACUGGAUGAAGCCCUACCACCGUCUGGUUCCCGACAUUCUCGAGCAGAUCCCUGUCCUGAUCUAUGCAGGUGAUGCUGACUUCAUCUGCAACUGGCUUGGUAACAAGGCCUGGACUGAGGCUCUUGAGUGGCCUGGCAAGGAGAAGUUCUCGACGGCUUCGAUGAAGGACCUCAAGAUCGUCGACAACGAGCACAAGGGCAAAAAGAUCGGCCAGUACAAGUCGCACGGUAACUUCACCUUCAUGCGCCUGUAUGGUGGCGGCCACAUGGUUCCCAUGGAUCAGCCUGAGUCCAGCCUGGAGUUCUUCAACCGCUGGCUCGGAGGCGAAUGGUUCGGUUCCAGCCAUUAA